AACAUUAACUCUAUUUCUUUUUCCACAGAUGCGACCUGAUUUCCAGCAUUUUUUAUUUUUAUUUCAGUGUUUAUUACUUCUGAAUACAAAAACAUUUUUUUAAAUGGAAAUCAAAGUACCAAAUGCCCAUUUCCAAUAUCCUACUUGAUUGCUCUUGUAAUUUAUAAUGUUUGUGAUAACUAACCCUUCGUAUAUGCCGUAGUAAAAAAAAUCUUAGAUCCCAAAGUAACCCAUUGCACCGUUUGGCAGAACACAAUUUGUCCUUGUGAUACCCUGAUUUGAAGGGUCGAGAAAUUGAUUGGCUUAGAAUGUAUUUACUUUACAAAGUGUAACAUUGUUGGAAUGAGUUCUGAUUCACACUGAACUAAACUUGCAGUAUGAAUCAGAGCCAUGGCUUGAACUGGCUCUGAAGUGAAGCCAAACUUGUCCCACCAUGUGCUGCAGAGUCAUGGCACUUCAGUUAGACACUGCAAGGAACGUAAUUUCAAAUGGCAAACCGUCCUUCGGAAUAGAACGACAUGGAGUAGAAAAAUCAAGGGGAGGGGAAAAUGUUUAAUUCUUGAUGACUUGUAGAAGUUAAAGUAACUGCGUUUGAGGGUAUGUUUAGCACAAUUCUCAUCAUUGUGUCCUAAAUGUGUUUAGUACUAUUAGUUGAAAGAGCCUUGCCCCUGCUUACCUUUGUUAUUAAAAUUGCUAAUACUAUUUUUUCCUAUAACUGCAGAUUGUUCAACAACAAUUGGAAGACUUCAACAAUGGCUCCUAUAAUAGUUGUUUAUGACCUGUCUUCUGUAAGAACCUUGUGGGAAGGAAGAAUAAUAAAAUACAAAGAGCGGCAAAGAAAAGAGAAGGAUAGACAGGAGAAAAGUGCAUUAGUGAAGAUCAAUGAGGAGUGGACACAGAGGCUUGAACAUAGAAGAAGAGCCAUUAAGAAUUACAUUGAGCAGAAUCAAGGUGUAAUGAAUGGUGAAGUGCACGUUCGAAUGAACCAUGUAAACAGCACUGGAAAGGACACUCACCUCCUAGACUUUCUGGAAUUGAAGAAGAAUACUAUACCCAAGGACAAAAGAUUUAUUUUUGAACUGCAAGGAAUGGAUUGGAAGGAACUUCCUGAAUCAUUAAAGGAGAAGACACAUCUCAGAGAGUGGCAUAUUAAGAAAACAAGCAUUGAAAUCAUUCCAUCAUUUAUUGUCAUGUUCCAGGAUCUGAUUGUGAUGGAUUUAUCCAGGAAUUGGAUCAGGGAACUUCCAGUUGAAAUAGGCAAGCUGACCAAACUGAAAGAGCUGAAUGUUAGUUUCAACAAGCUCAAGUCCAUUCCACCAGAGCUCGGGAACUGUGAAAGCCUAGAGAGCCUGAAUUUAUCAAAUAACCUGGAACUGGCAGAGCUUCCGUUUGAGCUGCGUGAUCUGCAGAAACUCAGCCACUUAGACAUGUCCUCCAACCAGUUUCUGAGCAUGCCCAUAUGUGUGCUUCGGAUGUCAAACCUCAAGAGCCUGGAUCUUAGCAGUAAUAACCUGAAAGAACUUCCUCAGGAUCUGGACAGACUCAGUGAGCUCCAGUCGCUUUUCCUUCAGAAGAACAAGAUGACCUACCUAUCCAAAGUCUUGUGCAGAAUGCCCAAUCUAAAGAUGUUGGUUGUCAGUGGCGAUGACAUAAACAACUUGCCAACUUCUCUUCUGACGGAUCCCAAUCUAAAAUAUAUUGAUCUGCGGGAAAAUCCACUUGACAAUAUCAAAGAUAUGGCAAACAGUGAAAUCUUUGCAGAUAUUGCAGAGCAUGAAGAAUUUGAAAAAGAUAUGAUGCACUUGUACUUUCAGGAGUUGAAAGAAAGAGAAACAACGCCGACCUAUACAACAAGGGUAUCUCUAAGUCUUCAGCUCUGAGAACAUUUUGCAGCGUACUUCACUGAAAUAUGAAUGUGAUCUCAAAAAAAUUGAAUAAUGAUGAAGCUUUGUCAAGAACCAAUCCACUAAAUUGAAGUUGACUGGAAAUACACUGUAUUUUAAGAACUCAAGUUAGGUUUGUUAAAUAGAAAUUAGAAUAUGAUUUCAAUCUAGGUAUGUUGCUUUUAUUUGAGGCACAGUUCAUUGGCUGACUAACAUAGGUUAAUGUUUGAUUGAAAAUAAUUGAGUUCAAUGACCAAAUGUUAAAGGUGAGGAGAAAUAGACAAUAGACAAUAGGUGCAGGAGUAGGCCAUUCGGCCCUUCUUGUGAGCACCCGCCAUUCAAUGUGAUCAUAGCUGAUCAUCCACAAUCAGUACCCGUUCCUGCCUUCUCCCCAUAUCCCCUGACUCUGCUACCCUUAAGAGCCCUAUCAAGCUCUCUAUUGAAAGUAUCCAGAGAACCGGCCUCCACCGCCCUCCACAGACUCACAACUCUCUGAGUGUAAAAGUGUUUCCUCAUCUCCGUUCUAAAUGCCUAAUCCGCAAGUUCAGAAGAGUGUCUUUGACCUGAAAAACCUCGAACUGGAUCGACCGUCAGCGAUGAAACAGCGAGCUGACUCGACCGACCGCACACACAUCGCAAAGGCGGGAGCCAGGGAAAGCGGGGGAGCGCUGUCUGAAAUUCACAUCCGCGAUGAAGAGGAAGGUAAAAGACGGCUGCACAGU